AGUUUGGUUGUUGCCGCCGGUCGCUUUUUGGUUUUGGCCAAGUGAAUGUCGUUCGAUUGCCACCAAGACGGUAUCGUCAAGUCGUUGAUUUAAACCCGUCCGACGGCCCCAGCCUGCCCAAAAACAAUUUCUCGCUCUUGACUAAAUUCGGCUUUGGAGCCAUCAAUUAAAAAAAACAUACAAUAACAAAAUGCAAAUACCGAACAACAGAUAACUUAACGAUAAUUUACAAAAGCGCUUAUAAAAAGCUUCAACAAAAAGUUACAAAAAUAUUGCAAAUUACAAAUACAACAACAACAUUUUGGAUACAUUUUUGAGUUGGAAGCGAGAAACCAUGUCUGGCAAAGUGAAGCGACCGACGCUGUCAGCGUCGGUGCCCCUCUGCCGAAGCUUCUUCUACUUCUUCCCCGGCGGCACCAUCAUCUGGCUAUGCCUCUGCCUCUGCCUCGUCUUCUGCAGCGUCAGCGCACAAGAUACUUCCAGCUAUUAUUUCCCAUCACAAAACCGAUUUGUGCCAUCUUCUGGUGCCUUUCCCCGACAGCAGCAGCAGUCGCUGGGUAACUUCCGCGGCAGCUCCGGAGGAUUCUCCCCAGCUCCGGGCUCCUACCAGGAGCAGCUCCUAUUCAUAGCCAAUGAGAAUGGCGCCAAACAGGUGCCGGCCGCUGCUGGCAGUUCGCCUUUCGGAUCGCCAUUUGGCGGCACCCCACAGUUUGCGAAAUCGCCAGCGAAUCGCCAGUCGGACUAUUACGAUAUCUCGCCACGCCCCUUCGGAGUGCCCGCCGGGGCGGCAGCAGUGGCAGGCGGCGUUGGUGCAACGUCCGCGUCGUCGUCCACGGGACUGACCAACGGCUUCACACGCUCCAAGGCGAUACGCAACGGCAGCGGCGGCUCAGGGAACAGCCUGAGCGGCGGCUUCCAGCCCCAGACGCAGCGCAUCAAUGUGCCCCACCAGCAGACGCAGUUUCUGGCCCACUUCAGUGAGAACGACAAGCGUCCGACGUCCAGCAAUGCAGUCAGUCGUCCCUUUGGCAACGGCGGUGGGUUCUCGCCCACACGCACGCGCACACAGUCUCAGGCAACAGUCUCGUCCGUUUCCGAGUCUCCGGCCACCCCAGCGCCAAGUCCGUACAGGCCACGCAAUCGCUACCAGCCCGGCAGCUCCACAGCCCCAACCACAUCCACGACGGACGGCAGUGCGGAGGUGAGCAGCAAGCGGUACAAUCGCUUUGGCAGCAACCGCUCCAAGGCGACGUCUUCGACCACGACCACGCAGAACACACCCGCGGAUCGGCCCAGCUUUGGACGCAAGUCGCCCAAUCCCCGGCGGCCUGUGUUCAUCAGUCGAGAGGUCAACGAGCCGCUGGCCGCGACCAGCAAGCGCCCCUUCAACUACAACAGCGCCAGCAGGCUGAAGCUGACACGCCCCACGGCCCGCACGACCAGCACCACUGAGAGCGCAGAGCAGGAGGAAGAGGAUGAGGAGCAGGAGCUGGAAGAAGAGGUAGACAGCGGAGAGCAGUACGAGCAGGGGUCUGGGGAACGGCCAGAAGAUCACUCGGAGUCAUCCAGUUUGGAGAAGCUGCCGCUCCAGGAGGAGGGACAGGGAACCCCAGUGAUAGUCGCCCAGAACGAAGCUGCCAUCCCCGAGACGGUAACCCAAAAUGAGGAGGAUGCGGAUCCGUCCAGCACCAGCAGCACCGAAGAGUCUCAGACCGAUUCGUCGGAGACCACAAGCUCCGGUGAGGGUACCACCACCCUGCCCGCCAGCAAUGACUAUGAGUACGCAGAGGAUGAGGAAAAGGAGAAGGCUACCACACCAAUGCCCCUGGAGAGUGAAUCCACCGAAGAGAUUCUGGUGGAGGGCACCACGGAACUGCCAGUGCCAGAGAGCAUUCCCAAGCAGGAGCAGGAUCCUGUCAUUCCGAGUCAGGCAGAAGCAGCCACUCCUAAGCAGGAGGAUCCUCAUUCUCCCACCCCCAAUGAUAAGGCCAAGGAGACGUCAUCCAAGCAGGAGGAAGAAUCCGAGUCAUCCGAUUACGAUGACGAAGAGGGUCUCGGCGAGGGCGAGGAGUACGAGUACGAGGAUGAGGAAACAGGCGAGGCAGAACCCGAAGAUUCCACCAGUGAGACAGAAACGCAGCACUCCAGCUCCAGCUCUAGGCCAACGACCAGCAGCGAGCACGAGGAAGAACGCGAGGUCAUCUCCGUGGUGACCACCAAGAGCGUGGUCAAUGGCUCAACAGUGCUUCCGGCCCCGGUAACGCCGAGUAUACCCACGGAUGAGGGCAAGCCAGAAGAGGUCCAGACAGAGGAGGAGGUCACAGAUCCAGAUCUUCAAAAGGAAAACCUGCCCGCGAGCGGGGACACUGCCAAUGCCACCGAGAACUAUGUCGUAGUGGCAUCGAUACAGCCAAGCCGGAGCAUCAACGGAGCCCGCUUUCUGCCCUUCCCGGCCAUCGAGCAGGAGGAGACCAAGCAGACGCUCUCCGAGCUAGAGCGCAAGGUGCACUCCAAGCAGCAGCAGCAGCAGCCCCCACAGAAGCAGCCCGAGAGCAGCGAGGAGCCGAGCACUUCCACCUCGUCCACAUCCACAGCCCCGCCACUGGCCGCCUCCACAGAGAGCAUCAUCGAUAAACUGGACCGCGUUCAGUCGGAGCUGUCCAGCGGCCUGCUGUCCGGAAAGUAUCCGAUCAUCAGCCAAAUGGAUUCCUCCACACCGGCCACGAGCACCACGCUGGGAUCCGGAUCCGGAUCAGGUCGAUUUGCGCCGCACAUCAGGAAGUUCCAGCCAAAGACCACGCCGGCUCCGAGCACCACGAGCAGUGGCAGCAGUCGGGUCAAGGUGCAGCACUUUGACGAGAGCGAAAUGGAUGAGCUGGCCGGCCUCCUGCCCGUCGGAUUCAAGCCGAAGUCGAGCUACAAGAACCGGAAGAUCACAACCACCACGUCCACGACAGAAGCGCCCGCCGUGGAGCCGCCUAGGAAGCCAGGACGCAACAGCACCAUCAGUCGGUCCUUCAAGAACGGUCAGGUCACAGUACAGGAUGUGGCGUUGGCGGGUCUGCUGCCCAAGGGCUACAAGCCACCCAGGACAACAGCUAAAACCACCAGCACGACAACGACGACGACCAGUCCGGACGAGGGCAGCAGCAGCUCCAGUCUGGAGAGUCUCUUCAGUGGCGUCAAGUUCGAGGACAGCCUGGCCGCCCUCCUGCCCAAGGACUAUAAAGUAAGCGGCACCCCGCGACCCGCCUUCACGACUGUGGACGACAUCUCCAAGUUCCUGCCACCCGGCUUCAAGCUGAACAGCACCACCGUUGCGACGACCACGCCUCGAUCCCAUCCCGUGGCCGUGCCUUUCGAUGAUCUGAGCAAGUUCUUGCCUCCUGGCUACAAAGCGCCCGCCAAAGAGAAGGCCGACGCCGUCCCCAAGCUGCCCGAAGGCGUGAAACCCAUCAAAAUAGAGGAUCUGAGCGCUCUCCUACCGCCUGGCUUCAAGCUGAACGAGACCGCCAAGGCGGACACUUCGAGCGACGAGGAUCUGCUGGCCUCUCUGCUGCCCCCGGGAUUCAAGUCACCGAAGGUACAUCCAGCCUCCACCUCCACUACGACAAAUAAGCCCAAGGCGGUGGCGUCAAGCACCACUGAAGCGCCAGCAAGCGAAGGAAGCGGCCUAAAGGUAGUCUUCCCAAAAGGCUUUCAUAAGCGACUUGGAUCGCAUCGCCUGACCACGCCGCACCCCGGAAAUGAUGGCCAGGCUGAUGCAGUCACGCCCUCAUCGGACGGAACCCCGCCGGUGGUCAUCAAAAAGGGUCCACCCACGCGAGCCACCACGGAGUUCACCGGCUGGCCCACACCGCCCACCACCCCGCUGUCCAUCGAGAAGCUGAAUGCCCAGACAAUCAACUUUGAGGAUCUGCUAACGCCCAGCGCGAGCAGCAGCACCACCAGCACCAGCACCUCGACAACGAGCACCACGACAACGACAACGCCGCGCCCGACAAAGCCGGGACACUGCACGGCCGACUGCGAUCUGGCGGCCACCAUCAAGAUCAUCGACGGCGUGGCCUGGAAACCCGAGCUCCUGGAUCACAACACGCUCGAGUGGAAGAAUCUGGCCCACGAGCUGGAGGCGCAGCUAAAUGAAGUGUACUCCAGCGCCGAUCAGCUGAACAAGUGGUACAAGAAGGUGCGCAUCGAUAGCUUCAGCAAGGGCAGUGUGCUGGUCGACUACUACGUGGAGCUGGCCAACAUAACGGAGGACGUGGACACGCAGGAGAUCCGGCAGCUGUUCCACGAUGCGCUAACCAAACCUGUGGCACCUGCCCUGCCCGACAAAGAUGCCGAGGAGAAUGAGACGGACAGCGUGUCCGGGCCGCAGGAGGAGCAACUAGUCACGGCCAGCUAUCAGAUGGGCAAAUACAUCAUUGAUCCGGUGGCCACCGAUUUUAGUGUCAUAGCCAAGAACUUGAACACAAAUGUGGAGUUUGCAGAGGAGGAUCUGCUCAUUCCCCAAUGGGCCAUAGUCGUGAUUGUGAUUGGAGUUGGUUCCCUGGUCUUUGUCAUCAUCUUUGGCGUCACAGUGCUGCUCAAUCGUCAGAAGAGGGCCAAGAAGACGCCGAUUCCCUUGACCAAUGACAUGCUGAACGAACUGAAGGUCAACCACAUGGGUGGUGCGGACAACUACGGUGUGGAUGACUUCUACAACAUUGAUGAUCCCUGGAACGAUACCAAGCAGCCGAUAAAGCCGAAACGCUUUACCAAUUCGAUGCAUGGCAGUAAUAGCUCCAACAUCUACGACAGCUGGCGCUCCACCCGUCAUCCGCACAGCAAUGCCGACUAUUUCUAUGACCAGCAGCCGACGUACUCGCAGAAGGGUGACUCCCUGAAGCGGCCGCAUCAUGGCCACCAGUAUCCCGCCCAUCAGCAGCAACAGCACCAGCAGCAUCCGCAACAGCAUCAGCAGGCAUAUGGCCACCAAUAUCCGGAUGCCUUUGCCGAUGCCCACCAGAUGUACAGCUAUAACAAUCAUGCGAGUCGGACGCGCUAUUCGCGCGACUACGAUCCCGAUUUCUAGUUAAGCCACCGACUACACUACACUACACUACACUGCCCAUCCACGCACUAGCUUUAGUAACUUGCGAACGAUUUUGUGUUGUGUUGUGUUGUAACUUAAUAGCCUAAAGUAUCAUAGUACUUACAUAUAAUGCUGCUACUACAUACUCGUAUUUAUCGUACAGUACUGCAGUACAGUCUGCUGGCUUGGCUCAAAAGUCGUCCCGCUUUUCUGUACCCACAGCCAGAGGUACGGUAUUCUAAAUGGAGCUGCUAUAUCUGGAUGCGAUGUACUGCUUCAAAGCUAUUUUAGAUGAUACAGAAUAGAACUUGGGGUCGUAUCCCCGGAAAAUAAAUAGUCAUGCACUCUUAGUUAAUCCUAGCUCGUAACUGAAUAGUAG